UCUCAUGGUUGGGGGGUGGGGGGGAAAGAUGGCGGAGCUGAUGCUCCUCAGCGAGAUUGCGGACUCGACGCGUUUCUUCACCGACAAUCUGCUGAGUCCGGAGGACUGGGACAGCACCUUGUAUACCGGCCUGGAUGAAGUGGCCGAGGAGCAGACGCAGCUCUUCCGUUGCCCAGAGCAGGAUGUCCUGUUUGACAGCAGUUCCCUGGACGUGGGGAUGGAUGUCAGCCCCCCUGAACCCCCAUGGGAUGCCCUGCGUAUCUUCCCAGAUCUUCAGGUGAAGUCUGAACCAUCAUCUCCCUGCUCUUCCUCCUCCCUCAGUUCUGACUCAUCGCAUCUAUCCUCAGAGCCCUCCAGCCAGGCCCCUGUUGUAGGAGAAGUGUUGGACGUGAAGACAGAGUCCUUAGCACCCCCACUCUGCCUCCUGGGAGAUGGGCCAACAUCUCCAUUAGGAACCAUCCAGAUCAAUGUGGGCCCCACCUCUGAUGAUCCUUCAGGUGUACAGACCAAGAUAGAGCCUGUCUCUCCAUCUUCUUCUAUCAACUCUGAGGCUUCCCUCCUGUCAGCAGAGUCCCCCAGCCAGGCCCUCAUAGGAGAGGAGAUACUGGAAGUGAAGACAGAGUCCCCAAGUCCUCCAGGGUGCCUCCUGCAGGAUGUCCUAGCCUCCCCAUUUGGAACUGUCCAGAUUAGCAUGGGUCCAUACCCUGAUGGCUCCUCAGGCAAAACCCUGCCCGCCUGGAAGCCACCACUACAGCCCAAACCUGUUGUGAUAACCACCGUCCCGCUGCCACCCAGAGCUGUGCCUUCCAACACCACCGUCCUUUUGCAACCUCUCGUCCAACCAACCCUAGUUGCCCCAGUGUCCCCAGUUGUCCUCAUCCAGGGUGCUGUUCCAGUCCAGCCUGAGGGGCCGGUGCCCCCUGCCCCCCGGCCUGAGAAGAAGAGCAUUGUCCUGGCUCCUAUGCCUGGGAACUCCUGCCCACCUGAAGUGGAUGCAAAGCUGCUGAAGCGGCAGCAGCGGAUGAUCAAGAACCGGGAGUCAGCUUGCCAGUCCCGGAGGAAGAAGAAAGAGUAUCUGCAGGGGCUGGAGGCUCGGCUGCAAGCCGUGCUGGCUGACAAUCAGCAGCUGCGCCGGGAGAACGCUGCCCUCCGCCGGCGGCUUGAGGCCCUGCUGGCUGAGAACAAUGAGCUCAAGUUAGGGUCUGGAAACAGGAAGGUGGUCUGCAUCAUGGUCUUCCUCCUCUUCAUCGCUUUCAACUUUGGGCCUGUGAGCAUCAGUGAGCCUCCAGUCUCUCCUCAGAUGAGUGGGGAGGAGCCUCGACCGCGGAGACACCUGCUGGAGUUCUCAGAGCAAGAGCCUGUUCGUGGGGUUGAGCCCCUCCAGGGGUCCACCCAGGAACCUGAGGAACCCCAGCCCAGCCCCACAGGGUGGCCCAGUUUCAGGAACCUGACAGCCUUCCCCGGGGGGGCCAAAGAGUUACUACUGAGAGAUCUGGACCAGCUCUUUCUCUCCUCUGAUUGCCGUCACUUCAACCGAACUGAGUCCCUGAGGCUUGCUGACGAGUUGAGUGGCUGGGUCCAGCGCCACCAGAGAGGCCGGCGGAAGAUCCCCCAGAGAGUCCAGGAGAGACAGAAGUCUCAGCUAUGGAAGAAGUCACCUCCAGUUAAGGCAGUCCCCACCCGACCCCCCAGACCCCCAAAAAGGGAUUCUGUGAGCCAACUGCAGCUGUAUCACCACCCAGAUCGUUCCCAGCCAGAAUUCCUGGAUGCAAUUGACCGACGGGAAGACACAUUUUAUGUUGUCUCAUUCCGAAGGGACCACUUGCUGCUCCCAGCCAUCAGCCACAACAAGACCUCCCGGCCCAAGAUGUCCCUCGUGAUGCCUGCCAUGGCCCCCAAUGAGACCCUGUCAGGCCGGGGGGGCCCAGGGGACUAUGAGGAGAUGAUGCAGAUCGAGUGCGAGGUCAUGGACACCAGGGUGAUUCACAUCAAGACCUCCACGGUGCCCCCCUCGCUCCGAAAACAGCCAUCCCCGACCCCGGGCAAUGCCACAGGUGGCCCCUUGCCCGCUCCUACAGCCAGCCAGGCCCACCAGGCCUCCCAUCAGCCCCUCUACCUCAAUCAUCCCUGACCUCUACAGCUCGCGCUGACUUAGAAUUGGGGGGCAGGGGGGAAGGGGUGACUAAGUGGGAAUGUUUCUAAUUUCCCUGAUCCCUGGGCUUGGGGCAAUUGGUAAAGGAAAGGCAAGCUGUGGGGUUUAAGCACUUACUUGGAGGUAGGGGGAUUUACCUCUCUUUCUACCCCCUUAUGGAAUAUAGGGCUCCUCUCAUUUCAGUGGACCUCCAGUCCCUCUUCCUUCUUUGAGGGUAUUGAGUGAACUUAAAUUUGGGGGUGGGCUCACGCAUACUGUUUAUUCUUUUCUUCCUCUGUUUGGGGGUUGGGGGGUGGGGAUUCAGUCCCCAGGUGGGACAAGAGAAGUUUUUACAUUUUGGAGCUAGUUACGAGGAAUAAAAGUGGGGUGGUGGAGGAAGAUUGGGCUUAUGUGUGUACAUAUGUUCUUUUUUAUUAUUAAAUAAACAACUUGAA